AUGGGGUCCCCUCACACCGACCCCCCCCCGAACUCCGCGUGGUCCCGAUUCGUGCCCCGUACCCGGGCGGACGCCGGCCCCAGCCGAACCCUGGGCGUGGUUUAUCUCCAAAGCCGUGGUUUAACGCCCAAGCGGCGGCGGCGGCGGCUCCGGCCGAAGGACGAUGCGGCACCGGCCGUGGCCCCGGAGAGCCCCGGGCCCGCCGAGCUGUACCGAGCGCUGGCGGCGGCCGGCGGGACCCUGCCCCGUGUGCGCAAGGACGCGGGGUUCAAGUGGGAAUCCCCCAGCCAGUCCCCGGAGGAGCACAGGAGGGUGGUGAUGCUGGAGAAGAAGGCAGAGGAGUCCUUUGGCUUCGAGAUCCAGACCUACGGGCUGCACCACCAGGACAGGAACAGCGUGGAGAUGUUCACCUUCGUGUGCCGCGUGCACGACGGGAGCCCGGCCGAGGCCGCGGGGCUCAAGGCCGGGGACACCAUCACGGGCGUGAACGGGCUGAACGUGGAGGGAAUCCGGCACCGGGAGAUCGUGGAGAUCAUCAAGAGCUCAGGAAAUGUUCUCCGGCUCGACACUCUCUAUGGCACAUCCAUCAGGAGGGCUGAGCUGGAGGCACGGCUGCAGUACCUGAAGCAAACCCUCUACGAGAAAUGGGGGGAGUUUCGCUCGCUGAUGGUGCAGGAGCAGCGGCUGGUGCGGGGUGUGGUGGCCAAGGACCCCAGCAUCUACGACACGCUGGAGUCCAUCCGCUGGUGCCUGCAGGGGGAGGCACUGCCGGGGGGCUCCCGGCGGGCCAGCGGCAGCGAUGACUCCCUGUACCAGACCUGCGUCUUCGCCUCCUCCAGCUCCCUGCACGGCGACAAGGACAAGGAUGGGGAGGACAGCGGGGGUCCCGCGCCCCCCCCGCCGCGCCCCCGACCCGCUCUGGGUCGCAGCUCCAGCCUCAGAUGUGCGGGGGGACCGGGGGCUGCGGGGAGGCUUUGGGCCCGGGCCGGGGAUCCCGGGGACGGAGCCGCCGCCCCCCGCAAGAACCGGCACAGCAGCUUCCGCCAGCGGCUGCUCAAGUUCAUCCCGGGGCUCAACCGGGCGCUGGAGGAGGAGGAGAGUCACCUCUAACCGCCAGGACUAUUUAUUUAUUUAUUGCAAGCGGCUUCGUUCCUUCGUGCCCUCCUAUGCCUGGGGGGCUGCAGGAAGGAGAUUCGGGGUUCUGGUUUGCCGUGGCGCUGAGGGACGGACGCAGCACCGAGGGACAGACGUGAGGACCCUCCUGGAGCGGCUCACGGAGCUCUGGGGAGGGGGGGGGCCCUGGGGGUCCCAGCCCUGCUCGGCCCCCCCGGGCUGUUGCAGCUCGCCAAUACAGAGAAGG